CAGAACGCUCUUUCAACGAUGAAGUUCAAUAUAAAAGUUUCAUUUGGUCUUAGACUGACAAGCUAUAGUGCAUGAGUGACACAUAGAAGGAAGUGUUUGGCCAAACAAGAAACUAGAUGAUCCAAUAGUGUGUAGUGCAGUGUAAAUAAGUGCAAAGGUUUCAUAGUUUGAGCUUGCUUCGAACCUUACCGAUGUCUUCUGCACACUUAUAAACCUUUGAAUAUUUGGUCAUUAAUUGUAGAGUAACGAAUUUAUUAUGCAUAUAUUUGUUGGUGUGUAGAAAAAAUAUGUAGAGUAUAUAUUCUAGCUUUUGUUUAUGUUGUAAAGAACAUUCCAGGCAUAUUGAAUGUGUAUGAUUUACUGAAUAUGUGCAAGUGCAAGUCUGUGAAUAUGUUAAAAUUUACAAAACAAAACUUCAGAGUGCAUAGUGAAAAACAAAAUUUAUAAGGUUCAUAAUAUAUUCAUUACUCUAUAGCAAAUCGGUUUGAAUACACAGCCAUGCAUUGACUCUAGGAUGUGGCUAUUAUGCCGAACAUGAUUGUUUGCUCUUAUCUCUAGUUUAUAAGAUUGUAAGAAUCAAGACUGAUAGUACUCAUUCAAACGAAGCAGCAUCGAGUAAAUAAGUUCAAUGUUGCGCCAAUGACAUGAAUAUAAUGGAUGCAAAACUGUGUGAGAAGAAAAAAAAACGUCACAUCAAAUUAUGUGACCUAAUAGCAAUAUCGUCAAUUUCCUGCCUGGCUGUUAUUUUUUUCACUGUUGGAUUUUUCAUACAACGAUAUGAUUUGACUAAACUGAUCCUAGAUGACCGAUUGGAAAUGCGUCAAUUCACGCCCCAUUUCAAGUGGUGGCAAAAUACUUCUGACGUUUUGGUAACUUGCAAGGUGUAUGUGUUUUCAGUGACCAAUGCUGAAAGAUGGAUGAACAAUUUAGAUGAGCAAUUACAUUUCGAAGAGAUAGGACCCAUCGUGUAUAGAGAAACACUCGACCAUCAUAAUGUCGUUUUUCAUCCAGAAAAUUCUACCAUAUCCUACAACUCCAGAAGGCAGCUUCAUUUUAUGUCUGAACUUAAUGAAAGUGGAAUACUCAACAAAACCAUUAUUAUUCCAAAUACCGCUGUAUUGGCAAUGGCAGCGAAACUGCAAAACUCGAACUCUCUCGUCAAGUGGGGUUAUAGAGCGAUUUUAUCAAGCUCCGGUGAUAAAGUUUUCGUGAACACGACCAUUUUCAACUACCUUUGGAAUCAGACAAGUCCGAUUAUCAAGUCUGCCAGAAAAAUUGUUCCAUUUAUGGUUCCCCUAGAAAAUAUUGGUGCUUUGAGUGUGAUGUACAGCGACUAUAAUGACAGGGUGAAUGUGCGGCAUGGGGUACAACACGGAGAUAAUCAAUUCUUCAUGAUCAAUUCGUAUAGAAAUCGCCCAACAGUCCCAGGAUAUAUUCCUGAAAAUGGUGAUUGUUUUGCUUCGAUCGUGAAUUCUUCAGAAGGAGCCCUUUAUCAACAGAACUUGGAUGAAAACUCGGUGAUUAUAUAUUGGAGAAGAACACUUUGCAGAGCAGUUCCUUUGUACUUUGAGAGGAAAGUGCAGCGUGGACCAAUACUUGGCUACGAAUAUGUUCUUCCUGACAGUUCAUAUGAUCGAUUAACUAAUGUUUCCGAAGACUGUUACAAAGGCCAGAACGAUUUCCUGGAAAAUGGCAUGACUGAUAUGUCGAAGUGUUAUAAUGGUUUUCCUAUAGCAGCGACCAGCCCACAUUAUUAUGCAAGGAACUUUACGAUGGCAAACAAAAUAUCUGGCAUGCAACCGAACCGUGAGAAGCACUAUAGUUACACAAUUGCAGAACCAACACUCGGUAUACCGAUUGAUCAACGAGCCCGAACUCAGAGCAACUUAGUUAUUCCAUCCUUGACAGGAUUUUCAAAUGACAUCCAGAAAUUCAGCAACAUGAUUCUACCGAUGUUCUGGAUAGAAUACAUUGACAAUUAGACCCAGAAUCAAACCGGGUCGCCAUUUUGUAAGUUUUUCGCAGUACCGGUAAAUGAUCAAUAAUUUUGAAACGAGUGAUAACAGUGAUUAACGAGUAAUUAACAUCACAAAAUGGCUAGCAAAAUGGUAAGGACGAUAAUUUGAAUUCAUCUCCACUGAAAUCCUUGAUCAACAGAUUACCUUAUUUUCCAGAAAUCUUUUUUUUCCGAAGACGACUACAACUCUCCCAAUCAUCAGUAUGCCGAACCGCACCGGGAACUCACAUCAUCCGGUACAAGAAAUUAAGAACUUCACAAAGCUGCACUAUCACCCGUUCUGAGGCCUUGAUCUUCAGCCGAUUCAGCCAAGAUGCUGGGAAUAAAUCCUGCUGAUGCAAGUUCGAACGCAAUGAUGGGAAAUUGAUUUGAUAUAUAUUGUAAUUAUUUUACAGUAUGUGUUGUGAAUAAAUAAAUAUACAGUUUAAUCCAUGAUUAGCUCAGAAGUGAGCUGGUAAUUAA